AUGGUACCGCGCGCGGUGGCCCGGUGGCGGGAGGAAGGCCGUGUCGCCGUCUGGCUGCGCGUCCCCAUCCUCCAGAGUCGGUUCGCGGCGGCGGCCGCUUCGCAAGGCUUUGCCUUCCACCACGCCGAGCAGGGCUCGUCCACCUUGAUGCUGUGGCUGGGAGAAGGGCCCAACAGGCUGCCGGGGUUCGCCACCCACCAGCUGGGGGUCGCAGGUGCUGUUCUAGAUGGAAGCACUGGAAAGGUGUUGGUCGUACAAGACAGAAAUAGGACACUAAAUGCGUGGAAAUUUCCAGGAGGUCUGUCUAAUCCAGGCGAAGACAUCGGAGACACAGCAGUUCGAGAGGUUUUCGAAGAGACUGGCAUUAAGUCAGAGUUCAAGUCCAUCCUAAGCGUAAGACAGCAACACAGACACCCCGGAGCCUUUGGCAAGUCGGAUAUGUACAUCAUCUGUCGCCUGGAGCCCUCCUCCUUCAACAUCAGCUUCUGCCAGCAGGAGUGCCUGAGGUGUGAAUGGAUGGACCUCGGUGAGCUUGCUAGGACGAAACACGCUACUCCCAUCACCAGCAACGUAGCCAAACUCUUACUUUACGGGUACCGGGAAGGGUUUGAUAAGAUUGAUAUAACCAUGAGAGAGUUUCCAGCUGUCUACACAGGCCUGUUCUACAAACUGUACCACAGGGAGCUGCCCGAGUCCUAUAGAAACAUUACAUGAUAGCAAUACGUUUCACAUUUCAUUAUAUUAAUAAUUUAGAAUUAUUAUUGUAGUGUUAUUUGGACCAUAUUAAAAUUAUCCAAGGACUUCUUUUUAGGUAAUUAUUAGAAGGUAAUUAUUUAUUCUAUUCUCUAAUAAGCUACAGAGAGAUAAAUUAUUUUAAAGGUAAAUAUUGCUGUAAGUGUGCAUCAGAUUUGCUUUCCUUUACUCUGUAAAGCAAACAUAAGGU